GCAUCCGUCAAAGGGGCAUGUGGUUGGUGGAAGGCGGCACUUGUGGAAGACAUGUCGUUGUCGUACAGCAGUGUUCAUACCUUUGUGCACGAGAUCGGGCACUUACUCGGAGCACACCAUGACGGAUCCGUACUUAACGGAAGGAAGCCAUACGAGGCAGACCCUAGCGCGUGCUCUCCGCAAGAGAAGCAUAUUAUGACACCCCUCUUGACCAACGGAAUGCAGGCGAGCUUCUCCUAUUGCACUGUCUUGCAGUUUGUACAGUUUAUGCUAAGCCCAGCCGGACAAUGUCUAACGAAGACUACAAUAAGGAAGACAAGAAACGUUACUUACGACGAUGUUAAUAAAACAAGACCUACUCUCGAUGAAUUCUGUGAACGUCGGUACCGUGAUGUACAAGGCGCUUUUUACAAAGAACCUCCGGACAACCUCCCACACUACAAGCUCGAACACUGUAUGAUUACUUGUAGUUCCUUAACGAUUCCUGGAAAGCUAGCAGUCUACGAUGCGCCAGACGGCACUCCGUGCGAUAGAAGCGCUCCGCGCAAGAUGUGCAUAAACACACACUGUCAUCUUCUUAAGGAAAAACGUAUGGAUACAUUUCUAUAUAAUUUGACUGUGUCCGUCUUGUAAAGUAACUGAAU